GAAAUUUCUCCUUAGUUUUAGGUUGCUUCCCUCCUUGUUUCCAUCAUUGUUUCAUGUCUUGUCUUCUAGUUCUUUGAUAAAAGUGUAUUAACAUCAUGUAAAGUAGCAUAUCAGCACGCAGGAGUCCCUGCUGAAACGCAAAUUAGUGAAACAUAAAAGACAAUGCAUAACCGGGAAAAACAAGCCGAUUUUACACUCCCAGAAAGUAUUUGACGCUCGUUCCUAAAGAAAAAUACCACAAUAUUUAAUCUCUUUCCAAGAACUUGGGUUUAACAGCCCCUUUGAAAAACGAUUACAGCAUAAUUAUGUCCUGUCGGAGGACCCGUAACUAUUUUAAUAAUAAGCAACAUGCGCAGAACAAGUGGAUGAGACAGCGACUGGGCAAGCUAAAUAAAUGGAAGUUGCUAAGCAAGGCUUGCCGACGAUUUGCCGCUUUGACUUAAGUUUUGGAGCCGCGUCUAAGGUCAGAGACCAACUGCUGGAGAGAUGGAGAGAAUUCUGGAAAAGUUAUCCAAUAUGGACAAGAAACUGGAUGAUUUGCAAAGAGGCCAAACGGAAAUAAGAGCAGAAAUUGUGAGCAGAUACAUUCCUGUCAUGAGGAUUAAAAGGCAAAAUGGGGAUGUGCUGGUGCAACUUGGACCCAAACAUCAAGCCUACCCUGAGGAGUUAAUUCGGCAACGUCGUGGUCACAAUGGAUGUAGUGAGUACUUGAUCCGCUGGAACAUCCUUUGCUUGGAUAAUGAUAAAGAAAACAGUGUUGAAGCCUCUUCAGUUGAAGGUAAAAAACAGACAAUCUUGAUGUGGAUGUCGUCAGAGGAUAUAUAUGCCAACUGUCCAACAUUGCUAGGCAAAAGGAAGCCCAAGGAACAAGUGGUAGAACAGAAUGUACCUAACUUAUUCCCUCCUGAAGACACUUUGGAUGAAGCCUCUCUUGCAGAGAUGAAAGCUGAUGUCAGGAACCUGGUGCAGCGAGCUUCCUGGCAACUAGGAAGCAUCCCUGUUCCACAGUCAUCUAUACUGAAUACCAUCCAUAUACUCAGUGCUUAUGCCAGUAUUGGCUCAUUGAUGACCAUCUUCAAGGAAACCGGGGCCCUUACUCUUCUGAUGAAGAUGCUGUGUAAUGAGGAAAAGCAUAUCCGUUGUAGUGCUGGGAAGAUGCUGAGGGCUUUGGCUUGUCAUGAUGCAGGAAGCAGAGCCUACGUUCUCCUGUCCCUGAGCCAGCAAGAUGGUAUUGAACAACACAUGGACUUCGAUAGUCGCUAUACCCUUCUUGAGCUGUUUGCAGAAACAACAUCCUCUGAAGAGCAUUACAUAUCUUUUGAAGGGAUUCCUCUUCCUCAGAUUCCAGGAAAAGUGCUGUUUUCUCUAGUAAAGCGCUAUCUAUGUGCAACCUCUCUCAUGGAGAAACUCAAUAACAUCACAGAGUGGGGAGAUGAACAGGAACAUUGCAUGGCCUCCAGUUCAGAUUCAAAGAGAAAGAAGAGAAUGCAAUGUGAAUUUGACUUCAGCAUGGCUAUGGCCCACUUCAUUUCAGAGUUAAUUCAGGUUAUGGGAUGGAAUCAGAAUCAAGAGCUUCAUUCACUCAGACAAAAGAAACGAUGUCAGUCAAUCUUCCAGCCCCAAAUUCCAACCAUCCCAUCAGCUGCAGAGAUGCUCCAGAAAGAAAACUCUGCUUUCAAGUUGUGCUCAGCCUUUCCUAGUCGUAAGAGCUACGUGGAAUAUGUGCGAGAGACAUUGGUGCGUGGCAUGCAUGUGCGUAUGCUGGAAAAUUAUGAGAAAGUCUGUGCAGGAGAUGAAGGCGAGUUUCUUCAGAGCAAUAAUGGCACACCACCUGUGAAGGUUUAUUGGGAGUCUCUGGGCCGUACAUACUGGGUUCAUUGGCACAUGAUUGAGAUUGUUGGUUCAUCAAGGAAUGCAGAGCAGAAAGCCCACAAAAAGGUAUCAACUCUUAGAGAGCUUCAGAGAGAAAACACAGUUAACCAGCCAAGAUAUUGUCAACCGCUCAAAGAAUUAUACGCUUUACCAUGCCUUAUGGAUCAUAAUAAGGGCUGUAGGACUCUAAGUCAAGCAGAAUGGUGGGAGCUACUUUUCUUCAUUAACAAGCUAGAACUCCAUAAGCAUCAAGAAGUUGUUUAUUUCAUCCAGCAGAAUCAGAAGCUAUCAAGACUAAAUGAAGAGGAUCUGAUCCAGAUGUGUGUUUCAGUAGAGUUGGCUCAGAAAAUACUGCAGCUCCUGAACAAGCAUUGUCAGGGCACCACUCAAAUUGAUCUGCAGAACUCCCAUGUCUAUUUCAAAUAUUUCUUUAGCAUGGGAAGUACAGAGCAGAACUGCCCAAAUGCAGAAGUGCUCUCUGCAAAUUAUGGUGACCUUUCUGAAGCCCUGAAGUCCAAAAAAACAAAAGAAGAUACACUGCCUGAUAGAGUGUCUUCUCCAACUCCAUUUGCAGCAAAGGAAAGUGACAGACGGAUGAUUAACACAUUUCCCAAAAUAGAAGGGGUCUUCUUUCCAGACACAUUGGAUGAGAAAGUCAAAGCUUUCAGCAGUGUGAAGGUGGCCGGAAAGAAAAGCACCCUGGAACACCUGCAGGAUGCCAUGGAGAUGAUCCAGAAGUCCAGCUGUGACAUUGAGCUGAAGCUGGCGGGUCUUAAAUUUAUCAUUACGAUUUUGGAGGAGGAAGAGGAAUCUGGGCAAGGGAGACAGAUUGCCACGGCAGAGAGUGAAUUUAUCAUUAGGGAGAGAAUUGUGAAGACACUGAUGGACCUGCUGAGCCACCAUGUAAAGGAACACCUGCUUACAGUAUUGGGGUUCCAGGUGCUAUAUCUGCUCAUGGCAGAAUAUGAUUGGCAGAUGCUCAUUGCAACCAAAGGGGGGCUGCAUUGUGUGCUGCACUGCAUGAAGGAAAACUCCACAUCGGUGCUGGUUCAGCAGGCUGGUCUAGCAGUACUGAAGAUGCUGUUGGAUGUGGAGAACUAUAUGUUACCAAGGGCCUGUGGGAAGCUCCAACCUGAGGACAAUUUAGGAUUCCAGACAAUACAGCAGGUCAUGGCCAGCGUUGAUUCUGCUUCCAGCAAGGAUAUUGGCAACUUACUAUGUGUCAUCCCUGCUGCAGUUGAGAAGAUGUUGGGCACACCUGGAGCCUCAGCAGCAGUUCAGGAUGGGCUUCUGGUGCUCAGCAAGUUGAUUGAUUAUGAUAAGACCCUGGCACAGCAAGUAGAAAACUCUGAUCUUCGUGGUGUCCUUUGGAACUUCUUGGGCCAAAACUCAGACACAAUCAUGGCUCACAAGAUGCUCACCCAUCUGCCUGAACAUAAGCCGCCACUGAACAAACAGGAUGCAGACUCUGCAGCUGCCUUUAAUCUUCAUGACAUGAACAUCACAAAGCUACUGAGUAGUCUGCAGACAAACAGUGUUUGGAAGGAGAUGGCAGUGGUGCUGCAAUGCUUCCUAUCUGACAGAGGUGCCUUUUUUGAGGAAACUAGCCAUGAGUUUCUGGUAAAUGCGCCGAUUCAGAAAGACUUGACAAAGCAGGAUUCUGAAAAACAGAUACUACUGGGAAUGUUAAGGCUUUUGAACAAGUGUUUGGAUAGUUCAUGGAAGGAUGUAGUACCCUGGCAUAAGUGCAUUGAGCCUUGCUUGUCUUCCAUAAACAGCCACAUAAAUGAUCGAGAGAUUGUUCAAGAGUUCAUUAAAUUCUUAUACCGCCUGGCCUUCAUCAACAAAGACUGUGCUGUUGUAAUGUGCUCUUCUGGCAUUAGGGAAGCCUUGAGCAAAGUCUUGGAAAAACACAGCUCCAGCCUUUCUCAAGUGACAGAACUGAGGGACCUCAUGAAUAACUGUGAGAAGCCUGCUAGCCUCUAUCAGAAGAUGACAGCCACCAUCCUGGCUGGUUGCAUCCAGAUGGUUCUAAAUCAGAUAGAAGAACACAGGCAUAGCCAUCAGCCUAUCAAUGUUCCAUUUUUUGAUGUAUUUCUGCACUAUCUUUGUCAUGGCUGCAGCACUGAAGUAAAGGAAGACAAGUGUUGGGAGAGAGUAGAAGUCUCCUCCAAUUCUCAACAGGCCAACAAGUUAGUGGAUGGAAAUGUCAAAACCUACUGGGAGUCAAAUGGCACCACUGGAUCCCACUACAUCAAUGUUUACAUGCAUCAGGGUGUCAUAAUCCAGCAGAUGUCACUACUGGUGGCCAGCGAGGAUUCAAGCUACAUGCCGGCCCGGAUUACAGUUAUGGCAGGAGAGAGCAUUUCCAGCAUCAACACCAAGCUCAAUAUGGUAAAUGUCCCACCUUUAUCUACCAGAGUGAUCCUGUUAGAGAACAUGACCCGCUUCUGGCCUAUCAUACAGAUCAAGAUUAAGCGUUGCCAGCAGGGUGGCAUUGACACACGUGUGCGUGGCAUCGAAGUGAUGGGCCCCAAGCCCACCUUCUGGCCCAUCUUCAGGGAGCAGCUGUGCCAGCGGACACACCUCUUCUACGCUACUAAAGCACACACUUGGUGCCAAGAAAUUUCAGCAGACCAGAUGCAGUUGCUGCAGCUUUUUAACAGGUUGAACAGUGCCUUGAGUCACGAGGAACUGUUUGCCAAUCGCUUCCUUCCUGAUGAUGAAGCUGCCCAGGUUCUAGGCAAGACCUGUUGGGAGGCCCUGAUCAGUCCCUUGGUGCAGAGAAUCACUUCUCCAGGCCCCAAUGGUACCAGCCCCCUGUCUUGGCUCCUAAGUCAAUACUUGGAAAACCUGGAGGCAGCAACAAGCCAGAAUAUUUCCUUUAAUUCCCGUGUUCGGCAUCUGAGCCAUCUGCUGGUACAUGUAGAUCCCAGUGGCCCUGAGCCCAAAGAACUGACGUCUCUUAUUCAAUGCAAUAGGAAGAAUACCAAGUAUAAGGAGUUCAGAUCAGCAAGCCUAAAGGUCACCGUGAAAAAAUCCACCAAUUUGAUAAGCAUCACACAGUGCUGGAAAGAUGUUGUGCAGCAGCAGGUGAAACAGUUCUUGAAGUCCUUUUGGCAGGCCCCUGACUUUGUCGAGCGAUACCGUAGCAUCUACCAGCAUCUUCGUACCGCCAUGGAGGAGUUGUUUGGGCAGAAGAUGUUCUUUUUGUUGGCCUUGCACGAUGGCUUCUCUGAAGGCUUGGUAGAGCUGCCCUUCUCGUCAGCUGCCCAUGUAAGCGAGAAGUUUGCCCAAUACAUUGACCAAUGGAUCCGAGACUGCUGGACAGACUCAACUAACACAGAGAAUGUGCAGCAUCUGCAACAGAGCCUCGAGCCCAUCAGUUUCCUGGCAGAAUUGGAAUUGGCCAACAUUUUUGAACAUUUCUAUCGCUACUAUCUAGGAGAACGCCUUCUGUCUCUGGGCAGUACAUGGCUGGAGUCCGCCGUGGUAGAGCAAAUUGGACUCUGCUUCCCCAGCCGUUACCCUCAGCAGAUGCUGAAGAACUUGAGUGAGCUAGAGCAGCAGCAGCAGAAGUUUCACCUUUUUCAGCUCCAGCAGCUUGACAAACAUUUUCUGGAAGUUGAUCAGCAAGGAAGAUUGAAAGAAGAGGGAGAGGCAGAGAUGAUGCAGGAGAGGUCAUUCUUACAGGAGGAAGAAGCAGAGGUGAAGGUAUUGCUCUUGUCUCCCUUCUGCUGGACCAUCCCUCCACUGUGCUACCUAAAAGACCCUAUCAGGUUUUUCCCUUCAUCCCUCAGUCAGCACCUGAGCAAGUUUGCAGAUUUCUACAUCCAGAGUCAGAGCUGCUUUGGGUUGGAGCAUACAAAGCCACCACGCUUACAGUGGACUUGGUUGGGCCAUGCAGAGCUGGAUUACCAAGGCUGCAUCCUGCAGGUGUCCACCCUGCAAAUGUACAUUCUUCUGUGCUUCAACAGCGCUCAGGAAGUUUCUGUGGAGACACUAUUAGAAGCCACAGGUCUCUCCCGUGUCUUUCUAGGUCAUGCACUGAAACCCCUGAUAAAGGAGAAUGGGAUCCUCUCCCAGAGACAGGGUAUUUUAAGACUGAAUGAGGAGGUACUAGGUCAUGUAUCUGGCCAGCGCCUGUGUCUCUGGCCCAAACCGAUAUACCUGAAUGUGGAAGAAAAAGUAUGCCAUGCUGUGGAGGAAAAAAGGAACAUCAUCUGCUGCUGCCUCAACCAGAUCCUGAAGGAAGAGAAAGAGAUACAUAUCGACAGCCUGGUAUUCAAGGUAAUUGAUGCCUGCCACAAACAGAGGCUUGGAUCACCUUCAGACUUCUUGGGAAAUGUCUGCAGCAGUGCGGAUGUCCUCUCUUGUAUCUUGAAUUUGUUAAAUCAGGGUUUUGUCCAGCGCCACGAAAGUUUUCCACAACUUUUACAGUAUGUAUGUGUGGACAUUCCAACCCCAGCAGUGCCAAAGAAUCAGCCUCAAGUAGUAUUUCAGACUGUAAAAAUCAAAAAAGUGCCCAGUAUGCCUUGUAUGGAGAAGAAACAGACAUUUUCUACAUUUAGAGAUUUACAAGGUAGCAGCAAGUUAAAAGAAGACCGGCCUUCCCAUUUCUUGCCCAAGCCAGCUAGACAAGGCAUGGAAAGGAACUCUGUCCCACCUUCCACAAGCAACUUGGGAAGCUAUUCAACCCUGCUCAGCCUCCUUCAUUCCUGA